AUGGACUACAAAGACAAGGCUGACGAGAAGCUGAGGGAUGACAAUACAAGAGAUGCUUGGUGGGCCAAACAUAAUGGCCUGGAAAACGGCAACCUUUGUCCCGGUGCCUUCAAAAGCACGCGCAACAUUAAUGCAGGAGAUGUGGAGAGCACCCUGAAUAUUCUCAAUGUCCUGGAUGAACUUCUGUCAGCAGGUACUGAUCGUCGAAUUCACUACAUGAUCAGUAAAGGCGGCAGCGAGGCUCUGCUGACUGCACUGGUCCACACUGGCCGUCGUUUCAGUCCCAACUACACCAUUCUGCUGCCACUACUGCACCUACUGGCUAAAGUUGGACAUAGAGACCGUUGUAUAGGUGUGAAGGCAGAGGAAGCUGAAGCUGUGCUGCUGACUCUAAAUCUGUUAAAACAAAACACCAACGAUGCCAGGCGGGCUGCAGCCUGCCUCUGGGUCAUCCAGGUCUUCGCCAAAUCAGUUUCCACAGCUAACCUUAUUGGGGAAAAUCAGGGACUGGAUGUCAUCUACCGCCUCAUCCCUCGGUAUACCACCAAGCAUCUGCAGACUAUCAAGGCAGCCAUCAAUGCCUUUGCUGCUUUGCUGAGCACAAAGGCUAACGUUCGCUUGGUGAUAUCUAAAGGUUACAGCUCUGGUCUGUUGAGGCUUUAUGAGGACUGGCACAGCAAGGAUACUGAACAUGUGGCUGUAUCAAUCUGCCACGCACUGUUGCGCUGCCUCCAUAAGGUCACCUACAGUACUGCAGGAAGACAUGCUUUGUUGUCCCAAGGAGGCAUCAGUCUGCUGCAUCAAACUACACAGACAUGUUUGUUGAAUAAAGGUCUGGAGCCGCUGGUGGAGCCCUCUGUCCAGCUGAUGAGGAAGUGUCUUCCUAAAACCUGUCUACCACUGACAUCAGAUCAGUCUGCAUACUCCUUCCCCCUGCCAGGAAGACCUCAUGUUUUCCCUGAUAUAGAUGUGCUAUCAGAUGAGAGCGCUGACGAGAGUGAUGAAGAAGAGCCUGAAGAUAAUGAAGAGGCAGACAGUAAAGACUAUGAUGAUGACUUGGAGACUGACCUGAACAAAGUUCGUCUUCGUCCUGAUCCAGACAGACCUAAAGAGCUGUUGCCACAGUACAGCCGCUUCUGUCCUGAACUCUUACAUGACUUCAUGGAGCUGGAUUCCAGUUCAGAGCCAGAGGAAGGUUCAACAUCAUCAUCUUCCUCAUCGGAUGAGGAUGCUGUGGUGCUCAGCAGUUUGCCUCCUCACUCCUCUGGGAAGGACAGCAGGAGGAGGAAUACUACAGGGAGUGAAUCGUCCACCUCGUCUUCUGAGUCUCACUUAGAGACAGAAACAUCCACAGAUGAACAUACACCAGCUGCUUCCCUGUUAGAAGCCAGAGAUUUCCACAGUCGCAGCAGCAUCCUCAGCACCAGUCCUGGAUUUAGGGGCAGGGUUAGAGAGGCAAGGGGAGAAGAAAGCCCAAGUCAGACAGAGGAUGAGCAGGAUGAUGAGGAGGAGGAAGGAGUGGAAGAAUCCCACCAUCAAACCAUGAUUGACAGGUUACUGGAGCGACAUGGAGCCUGCGUCCCCCAUCACGAACCCAAGAUGUAUCGAGCUGCAGCUGCUAACACCAAAUCUAUUCCAGGGUUCAGCAUCCUGGCUUUCCCUGAUUUCUGGGGUCACCUCCCACCAGCAGGACAUGAACCUAUGGCUCCACGCAAACCCAACAUACAGAGGAAGAAAGUGUUUGAAGAUGUCCAGCGUAUCCUGAAUACUGAUGACAUCAUUAACAAGGUAGUCUUUGACCUGGAAGACAACAGUGUACAGUGUCCAUCAGAUUCACUGAGGUUUUUCUCUAAGUUUGAAUGCGGGAACCUGAGGAAGGCUAUUCAGGUCCGCAGACAUGAAUAUGACCUCAUAUUGAAUGCGGAUGCUAAUUCUUCCCAGCACUCCCAGUGGUUCUACUUUGAAGUGAGUAACAUGGUGGCUGACGUCCCCUACCGUUUUAACAUCAUCAACUGUGAGAAGGGCAACAGCCAAUUCAACUAUGGAAUGCAGCCAGUGCUGUACUCAGUAAGGGAAGCUCUGGAAGGUAAACCACACUGGGUCAGGACCGGAACUGAAAUUUGUUAUUUCAGAAAUCACUUUUGUCCAGCUCGUGGCAGUCAGAGAACAACCUUUUAUACUUUAACCUUCACCAUCACCUUCAAACACAAUGAGGACGUCUGCUACCUGGCUUACCAUUAUCCCUACACAUACUCUGCUCUGAAGGCUCAUCUGAACCUGCUGCAGAAAUCAGUGGAUCCUACCAAGGUGUUUUUCCGGCAGCAGAUUCUUUGUCGCACUUUGGCUGGAAACUCAUGUCCGUUGGUCACCAUCACUGCCUGUCCUGCUAGCAGAGGCUGGAAAGAUCUGCACCAGCUCCGCAAUCGUGCCUGUAUCGUGCUGACAGGCCGUGUGCAUCCUGGUGAGUCCAAUGCCAGCUGGGUAAUGAAGGGCACCCUGGAGUUUCUGUGCAGCAAUGACCCAGUGGCCCAGAGUCUGAGAGAGGCUUUUAUCUUCAAGAUCAUCCCCAUCCUCAACCCAGACGGAGUCAUCAACGGCAUGAAUCGCUGUGAUAUCAGCAGUGAGGAUCUAAAUCGUCAGUGGUUUAAACCAGACCCUGUCCUCAAUCCAACCAUCUACCACACUAAGGGCUUCCUCUACUACCUCAACAGUAUAGGACGGACUCCACUGGUUUUCUGUGACUAUCACGGUCACUCCCGAAAGAAGAAUGUUUUUCUGUAUGGCUGCAGUGUCAAGGAGACUCUCUGGCAGUCUGGCUCUGCUGUAGACACUGUAGGAUUGAAAGAAGACCCUGGAUAUAGAACCAUUGCAAAGACCUUGGAUCGCAUCGCACCAGCCUUUUCUUUCAACAGCUGUAACUAUUUGGUGGAGAAGUCUCGCUCUGCCACAGCCAGGGUGGUUGUCUGGAGGGAAAUGGGCGUACUGAGAAGUUACACCAUGGAGAGUACUUAUAAUGGGUGCAACCAAGGAAUAUACAAGGGUCUGCAGACAGGAACCAGGGAGCUGCAGGAGAUGGGGGUGAAGUUCUGCCACAGUCUGCUGUCUUUAACCAAAGAUGUGAAGGCUCUGUACAGCAGGAUACACAUCAACCACAUCAACCUGGACCACAACAUCAUGGACCACAAGUCACACAACUGUUUUGAAGAUGACGAGCCUCCAUGUGUGGAGGAGAUUGAAUAUGCUGUAGACUGUCCUUCACUUAAAGGCACUGAUCUGGAUUCAGAUGUCAACAGCAACAUGGACAGCGCUGACGGAGAGGAGGAGGGGAGCGACGAAGGAAACAAGGGAGAACAACAACAGCGAGGCAGUGUUGGCCAGUCACAGCAGUCAAGCUUGAAGAGCCGCCUCUUCCCUCACCUAAUCACAGACGCCUCCACUGAGACGCUCAGCGAGAAAAGAAACACGCGUAGUGGUGUGAACAUCACUGAUGGACAUAUCUUGAGUUAA